CCUAUGUCAGAGGUCGCUUCCCCUGCCGGCUUUCAUUUGCCCGUUUCUCUGGUACUGCUCUCUUUCCGAACCGAACAGCGAUGGCGGAGCAGCAGCAGUUCUACGUCUUGCUGAGCAACCUGAUGAGCCCUGACAACACCGUCAGGAAGCAGUCAGAGGAAACGUACGACACCAUCCCUGGACAGACGAAGAUCACAUUUUUACUGCAGGCCGUCCGUGAUGCAUCUGCUGCUGAAGAGGUUAAGCAGAUGGCGGCCGUACUGUUGCGGAGACUGCUGUCGUCAUCUUUCGAGGAGGUCUACCCCAGCCUGGCCCUCGACGUGCAGACGGCCGUCAAGACGGAGCUGCUCGCUGGAAUCCAAACCGAAGCUUCCUCCAACAUCCGCAAGAAGAUCUGCGACAUCGCUGCUGAGCUCUCUCGCAAUCUCAUUGAUGAUGAUGGAAAUAAUCAGUGGCCGGAGAUCCUGAAGUUUCUCUUUGAUUCUGUGAACUCGCAGGACGUCAACCUCAGAGAAUCAGCACUGCAUAUUUUCUGGAAUUUUCCAGGUAUCUUUGGUAACCAGCAGCAGCAUUACAUGGAGGUCAUCAAGCGCAUGUUAGUGCAGUGCAUGCAGGAUCAGGAAAACCCGCAGAUUCGAACCCUGUCUGCGCGUGCAGCCGCGUCUUUCAUCCUGUCCAAUGAGGGCAAUGCAGCUUUGUUGAAACACUUUUCCGACCUUCUUCCUGGCAUCCUGCAGGCUGUGAAUGAAUCCUGUUAUCGUGGUGACGACUCUGUCCUGAAGUCAUUGGUGGAGAUAGCAGACACGGCUCCUAAAUACCUGAGACCCAACCUGGAGGCCACGCUGCAGCUCAGUCUAAAGUUAUGUGCAGAUACAAAUCUGACAAACAUGCAGAGACAGCUUGCACUGGAGGUGAUCGUGACGUUGUCAGAGACUGCUGCUGCCAUGUUGAGGAAACACACCAACAUCGUCGCUCAGAGCGUGCCACAGAUGUUGAGUAUGAUGGUGGAUCUGGAGGAAGAUGAGAACUGGGCUUUGGCUGAUGAACUGGAGGACGAUGACUUUGACAGUAAUGCAGUGGCAGGUGAAAGCGCUUUGGACCGAAUCGCAUGUGGCCUCGGAGGAAAAAUCGUCCUACCCAUGAUCAAACAACACAUCAUGCAGAUGUUACAGAACCCCGAUUGGAAGUACAGGCACGCUGGUCUGAUGGCUCUGUCUGCUAUCGGCGAGGGCUGCCACCAACAGAUGGAGGCCAUUUUGAAUGAGAUCGUCAGCUUUGUCCUUCUCUUCUGCCAGGAUCCUCAUCCGAGGGUUCGCUACGCUGCCUGCAAUGCUAUCGGACAGAUGGCCACAGACUUUGCGCCCACCUUCCAAAAGAAGUUCCACGACAAGGUGAUCUCUGCGCUCCUGCAGACGAUGGAGGAUCAGACGAACCCGCGCGUUCAGGCCCACGCUGCCGCCGCUCUCAUUAACUUUACAGAGGACUGUCCGAAAACGCUGCUCGUGCCGUAUCUAGACAGCCUCGUCCAACAUCUGCAUGUCAUCAUGGUGGCCAAACUUCAGGAGCUGAUCCAGAAGGGUACCAAACUGGUCCUGGAACAGGUGGUGACCUCUAUCGCCUCAGUUGCUGACACUGCAGAGGAGAAGUUUGUCCCCUACUAUGAUCUCUUUAUGCCCUCUCUCAAACAUAUCGUAGAGAACGCCAUUCAAAAAGAGCUCCGCCUACUCAGAGGAAAGACCAUCGAAUGCAUCAGUCUGAUUGGUCUUGCUGUGGGUAAAGAGAAGUUCAUGCCUGACGCUUCAGCCGUGAUGCAGUUACUUCUGAAGACACAGACUGAUUUCAAUGACUUGGAGGAUGAUGACCCACAGAUCUCGUACAUGAUCUCCGCUUGGGCUCGCAUGUGUAAGAUUUUGGGGAAGGAGUUUCAGCAGUACCUGCCUGUGGUGAUGGGACCUCUCAUGAAGACGGCAUCUAUCAAACCUGAAGUGGCUCUUCUAGACACACAGGACAUGGAGAACAUGUGUGAAGAUGAUGGUUGGGAGUUUGUGAAUCUUGGAGACCAGCAGAGUUUUGGUAUCAAGACCGCAGGACUGGAGGAGAAGGCCACAGCCUGUCAGAUGCUGGUGUGUUACGCUAAAGAGCUGAAGGAAGGUUUUGUGGAGUACACGGAGCAGGUUGUCAAGCUGAUGGUUCCUCUGCUGAAGUUCUACUUUCAUGAUGGUGUGCGUGUUGCCGCCGCGGAGUCCAUGCCUCUCCUGCUGGAGUGCGCUCGUGUCAGAGGUCCAGAGUACCUCACGCAGAUGUGGCUCUUCAUGUGUGACGCCCUUAUCAAAGCCAUCGGGACCGAGCCCGACUCGGAUGUGCUGUCAGAAAUCAUGCAUUCAUUUGCCAAGUGUAUCGAGCUGAUGGGAGACGGCUGCCUGAACAAUGAGCAUUUUGAAGAACUGGGAGGAAUUAUUAAAGCCAAAUUAGAGGAGCACUUUAAAAACCAGGAGCUCAGACAGGCCAAGCGACAAGAUGAAGAUUACGAUGAGCAGGUGGAGGAAACAUUACAAGAUGAAGAUGAGAACGACGUCUAUAUCCUGACCAAAGUGUCGGACAUCUUGCACUCGAUUUUCAGCAGUUACAGAGAGAAAGUUCUUCCUUGGUUUGAGCAGUUGCUACAGCUGAUCGUCAAUCUGAUCUGUCCGCACAGACCUUGGGCAGACAGGCAGUGGGGUUUGUGUAUUUUCGAUGACAUCGUUGAGCAUUGCAGUCCCUCUUCCUUUAAAUACGCCGAAUACUUCUUACGGCCCAUGAUGCAGUCCCUAUGUGACUCGAGCCCGGAAGUCAGGCAAGCGGCUGCGUAUGGCGUCGGUGUCAUGGCUCAGUUUGGAGGAGAAAACUACAGGCCUGCCUUCACAGAGGCCGUCCCUCUUCUGGUGGGUGUGAUUCAAGCAGCAGAGUCCAGAGCGAAAGAAAACGCCAACGCUACAGAGAACUGCAUUUCAGCUGUGGGUAAAGUCAUGAAGUACCGGCCCGAGUGUGUCAACGUUAACGAGGUCCUUCCUCAUUGGCUGUCGUGGCUGCCGCUCAACGAGGAUAAAGAGGAAGCGGUCCACACGUUUAACUACCUGUGCGAUCUUAUCGAAAGCAACAAUCCCAUUGUUCUCGGACCGGACAACGCAAACCUUCCCAAGAUUUUUAGCAUCAUCGCCGACGGUGUUGUGAACGAAUCCAUCAAAAGUGAAGACGGCUGCAGUAAACGAUUGGCUAACGUUAUCCGUCAAGUACAAGUGUCUGGAGGACUGUGGACGCAGUGUGUAUCAGCUCUCAAUGAGAACCAACAGAAGGCCAUCCAGGAUCUUCUGAACACGGCUUGAGUCGACGCCUUAACCCUGUAGGAUCAGCCCAUCUACUGAGGAAAAACUUUACACCUGGAAUUCCUAAAAAUCUAGAUUUUGGCCCUUUCCCUGUUUUUGAGCGAAGAACUGUUUUUGUCUGGCCUCUUAAGAUCUUCAAGUCUUCUCUAUCCACUCGACAGUAGGGCGGAGGGUCCGGCGUGUGUUUGUGUCUCAUCCCAAAAAGUGCUGGCCAACCCUCAUCAAUGAACAUGGGAGUAGGAAAACUAAACUAACAGUCAUCAAUCUUAGAUUUAAGAAAUUCUGGUGUAGAAAUUGUGCUUUUUCUCCCUGAUGAGGGUUUGUCUCAGUCAUUUUGUCACAGUUUAAUGUGUCUGUCUGAUCCUUGUGAAACUGAUUUAGGGGUCGGUCCAACUCCCGUAGGGCUUUUCUUCCAACUUAAGAGAUGGAUCAGUCUGAUGUAGGGGACAUGGACUGAAACGGCAGCGGCCACACCUUCACUUUUUCGCUCUACUUUCCAGGUUUUGGUUUGUUUUGUUUAGCACCGGUCUCAGUGGCUGGUUGUGAUGUUUGGGAGCGAGGCCGUGUGUUCUGAUGCUAUCUGUGUGAUCUGUUAUUGGCUCAUGCAAUGAAAUAAAAAUAGGACAAACAGGAGUCUUGAUUUAACGGAUAUGUGGGAGUCUUAAGCAAGUUGGUUUAUGGGUCGUUACUUGUCCUCGUUACAUCUGUAUGAUAUGCAAUCUAUCCUGGUUAAUCAUUUUAAAUCACUUUCAGUAUUAAAGCUGCAAGAUCUGAUAAACUUUGUUUCAGAAUGUUCCAUUAAACUUUGCAUAUGCUGAUAACACGUA